CGUAUUCAUGAUGUUGGUACACUUGUUCAUAUGCGGAAAAUGUCGACAAGCAAGGACUUUGAUUAAUCGCAAACCAAUUUGCUCAACACCUACACUUCUGGUAGAAAAGUUGUACGUGAAGAUUCCUAGUCGACGACAACUAGGGAGGACAAGUAGGAAAAUAGCACUACAAAAUGGCCCAGGAAAAGGACGCAGUAAAGGAGGAGUUCCGCACACUCUGUUACGAAAUUUGCAAAAAAUGUUUAAUGCCAUUUCUCAUGCGCAUGCGAAGACAACCCCAACGUCAGCCGCAAGCAUACCUGUUUCCUGAACGUAUUUGCAUUUCUGUUGGAAAUUCUGAUACAUCAGCUGCAAAUCACAUGAGAAAUUGAAAUGGUUUUUGCAACCUCCUGCAUAAAUCGGGUGCACGGAUCCUCUGGCCAUCGGAUAUGCCGGACGACUGCAUGCACGAUGCAGUUCACCAAGCAAUGGCACAGUUGGAGGGGUACAAGUUGAUUCCGUUUUGCAGAUUUUGCAGAGCGCAACAUGUCAUGCGACGACCAUCAUAAAAGCAAUUGUGUUGUGAUUACUUAUCUAUGCACUGAAGAAGCAAAAAAAAACAAAAAACUUUGUCAGGAAAAAUCCAGACAAGGACGGAGCAGAGAUCUGCAGCGCACUGAAAGAGCACUUCGACGAGAAGUGGGGUCUCGGGUGGAUCAUCGUCUGCGGCAAGGGUUUCGGGAGCUACUGCGUGCACGAAAAGCAGAAAUUCAUCUACUUUUAUAUGACUGGCUCAAGCGUUACAAUCUCAAACGUUACAAUAAAAUGUCGAAAUCUGUGAUGCAAGAACUGCAUGAGUUGGCCUACUCCCAUAGGGUUGUGCAUGACAAGUUUCGGAGUCCCCGACCCACCUGAAAUCCGGCAAAAUUUGUAUUGCGAAAAGCUCGAUUCUCUCUGCGUUCCUCUCGCUCUUCAUGCAAUACAAAUUCCAGACUCUAUUGUAACGUUUGAGAUUGUAACGCUUGAGCGGGUUAUAUUUUACAUUGGCCAGCACGCGUUUCUCUUCUACAAGGUGUAAGAGACUGACUAUCGUGAAGAAAAAUCCCCCCUCCCCAUAUUGAAAAGGUAUGUUUCCAAAAAUUUGUGUUGCGGAUUUGAGGUCACAAAUCACAUCUGUCUUGCAAGAAUUGGCAGAAGCUUCCGCCCCAUUAUGGAAGCGAUUUGUCAUUCUGUUGGGCCUAAAGGGGAGCCGUUUGCCAUGCUGAGCAACUAGACCCAUACGCCCCCACCUAGCCUGGGGAUCUGGCCGCCGUGCCUCCCUGCAAUACAGAGCUGAUUUGUGGCCACAAAUCAGCAUCACAAAUAUAAGAGUGCCCGGGGAUGAAGAAAUACUCGCGAUGUUUUCGCGGUUCUGACCCUAUGCCGUUCCGGAGCCUGUGGAGGCUUGCCUCCUCAGCUAUGCUGGACAAUGGCAAUGUCGGUGCGGUUGUUUUAGCAUCACAAAUUUCCGUUUUGAUAUGGGGAGGGGGGAUUUUUCAUUUUAAUACGUAAAUGGGGAAAAAUGGAAAGCAAACAGCUGUGGCUCCUGCGAAUUAUAGUCACGUGUAGUUAAGAACCAUGCUACAGUAGUACCAUUUGAUUUCGGAAUCCGCUGUGAGAAGAUUAUUCACGACAAAUUUGCUUUUGUUUACCUGAGCUGCGAAGUGAUUUAGUACCUUUCUUGUUUACUCAACCUCCUCGACUUUCCACUGUGAAAACAAUCUAAACCGAUAUUGAUUCGAAGCAAUUGAUGCGCAAACAAGGGCUGUAACUACAAACGCAGUGGCUGCGAAGGCUUCCUGCCAUUGAACUUCAAAUCGAAUGACUUUGUUAAUGCUCCUUCAGGUAGUUGUACGACCAAGAUUGAAAGACUAGGGGCACAACGACCUCCAGAGGGUCCUCUCGAGGACCUUCUUGGCUGUGCCAGUGUUGCAAACGCGCCUGUGAUAGUACACUAGUUCUUCGGCGACGUGUGUUGACCGUGUACUUUACUGGCAGAAGUUAUG